AUGCGUAGAGCUCUGUGCGCGAUCAUCUUUCUCGCGGCGAUUGUGAAUCCGCUGGCGGAGGCAGGUCGCAUCCUUAAGCAGAACUUUCCCAAGCUGAAACUGGAUGACUACACCACGUAUAACGAAGUCAUGGAGUAUCUGAAUCAGUUGGCCUUAACUUAUUCAGAUCGGGUGACUCUAAAGGAUAUGGGACGCACCUACGAGAGUAGAUCCCUGGUAGUUGCCAUCAUAACGAACGGAGAUGGAAGACCAGGCAAGAGGGUUAUUUUCUUGGAUGCCGCUCUGCAUGCUCGCGAGUGGAUGACCCCCAUCACUGCCCUCUAUGUAAUCCAAAAACUGGUAGUGGAGUUCGAGGAUAACUCCGAUCUUCUAAAAGAUUUCGAUUGGCACAUUAUGCCAUUGGCGAAUCCAGAUGGCUAUGAAUUUUCCCGGAAUACAGAACGAUAUUGGAGAAACACAAGGACACCGAAUGGCGGAUUGUGUUUCGGUACUAAUCUCAAUCGCAACUUCGACGUGGGCUGGGGAAUUGGUUUUCCAAAUCUUAAAGACCCUUGUCAUGAGAGCUAUGCUGGAAGUGCACCAUUCUCUGAGGUUGAGGCACGUACAGUCCGCGACAUAAUGCACAACCUGGUGGAAAGUAAACGCGCUACUAUGUACCUCUCCCUGCACACGGCAAACCGAACGGUUUUUUAUCCUUGGGUCUAUGAUACUGCUCCAGUACCGAAUCAAGAAGAACAUAAAGAAGUCGCCAAGUACGUGAGCCAGAGGGUAUUGGAGAGAACUGGGUCGGUCAUUAGGUCAAUGCAGGCAUCAGAAUAUUUUAUAACAUUUGGUGGAACGAGCAUGGAUUACGCAUACCACGUGGGUUUCCCUUUAUCCUUUGUCUUCGAGCUGUCGGGUACGGGACGCGAUCAUGUGGAGUACAUGUUCUUCCCUCCAACCAGCGAGAUUCCCCGUAUUGUUGAAGAAUCAUGGACAGGAAUUCGAGCGUUUGCCGAAAAGGUCAUUGAGUUAUAUCCGCCUUCACGCCAGAUACAUUAUUCCGAAAAACGUAAGCUGGCCGAAAAUGCAGCUCCACAAAGUAGGGGAUGAGACUCAAAGCUGGCAGCAGUCAUCUUGAUUUUCACAUAUUUUAUCAACAAUAUUUGAAGUUGAAGGAACCAACUAUCUUGAUUGUAAAAGAAUAUAUAUUUCAUUCAUGAAUAUUUAUACAUCUAGAAUAUUAUGCCUUCUUUGUUCGCGUGUCUUGCACAAAUAUCAGAUUCUCUUUUCAACUCUUUAAAAUAAGUUUAAUAUCCAGCAUCGGA